AUGAUUACAAAUUCAACAAACAACAAACAAGAGGGGAGCAUUGACCUUACGAAGGAAGACCAGGGCGGUAAACCUGGAAACGAGAGUAGUAAGACCAAGAAGAAAGUAGAUUGGACAAGUUCGAUACCUAGGGUGGUCCGAUGUAACUCAGUAAGUGAAGGAAUAUUUAAAAAAAGGAAAAGGCCCGACAGGAGUUACGUAGAGGAUGAGGAUCCAUACAACAGGAUAGAGUAUCCCGAGUUCUUCGUCCUAGACGAGGCAAUGGAGCGAAGCCUACAGCUAGCCGAAGAACUGCACCCUAACACACAAAAGGGAAUUAAGGAAAUCGCUAGCAAGAUAGUAAGAAACGUAGAUGUCUACAAAAGAGUGUCGGUUAAGUCAUGGCUGCAAAGCCACAGGUACGCACCUAUAGAGAAGGUGGCCAUAGACAUAGAGUGCCAAACAAUCAGAGUAGCCACGGCCGAGAUAGCGACCCAAAUGGACCCAUGGGUAUGCGAAAACGAGGUCCUGAAAUCACUGGAGGGGGUAGAUGACUACAAGAAAUUCGCUCAGCUCGCGGAAAACGACUGGGAGGAUACGCUGUUCACCAACACAGAAGUGGUAGUGGGAAAUCCGAUUAGCACCCCGGACGCCUCCGUCAAAGUGGUUAUAGUGGAACCAGAAGACCCGGAUAUGAACGCAAGCAUACAGAGGAUAAACAGGGAUAAGUACCCGGAGCUCUCCGAAAUAAAGUGCGAUUUCGAGGUUAUGGAGCAGUUGACUAGGCUCACCCCCCAAAAAGAAAAGGUAUCGCGUAGAAAGAUCGUAAAAAUAGCUCAUGACGGUACACCCAGAGACAUCUAGAGCAAGCUAGAACGCCUUAAAGAGGCCGUAGUAGAAGAUCGUGAAAUAGCAUUACACCAUGUGCGAGGCCUUGACC